AAGACGUCCACCUCAUCCCAUUAGACUAGUUACAUACUGGGAUAUUCAAUUUCUGAAAGUGUACAAUGACUUAACAACUACUCUAUGAGCUGUGACUAAUGUGUAUGUUAAUUAAGAAUCAGAAAUUGAUCCGAAGUAAACCAUAUUAAGAUAAUAUAGAAUAUUUACCACAAGUUAGCUCACUGAUUAACUAAAUGAUUUCAAUACUACCCACUUCGUCAAUCGUUGUUGAAAUAAACUCUUGUCUAUCACCAGCAUUACCGUUUACCAGCAUUAAACGAAGAGAAAUGAAAUUUGAGUCCAGGCAGUAUUUGUUGUCUGAAAAAUUACUUGUUGAUGUUGACAUCAAGUUUAAGAAACCAAGCCCUUCAGAAGAGUCCAAAAUAAAGAAUAUUUUUCAAGAGAGACACAGUAAGCAUGAUGUCAGUGAUGGUGAUGAUCAGCAUGAUAAUGAUUGCCAUGAUGAUGGUGAUAGUAUUAAGAACAAAAAGAAUAAAUUUCGUAAUCAGGCAUCCAAUGAACCAUACAAAUUAAGAGAUUUAUCUUGUGUCUUCUGUCGCAAGAAUGGUGAACAGAAAGAAUUUUAUUCAACACACAACCUUAAGGAUCAGAAAGGAAAUGUGACAUGCCCUGUCCUGCAGAAAUACAUCUGUCCCAGUUGUGGAGCCACCGGUAGGACAGCACACACAAAAUUGUACUGUCCCAAUGAAAAGCAUUACAUAUCACCAGUGGUCAGUCACUUAACUCCACGGAUGAGCUCGGGGAAAAAACGCGCAAAAUUCCCGUUAUAACCUGUAUAUCCUUUUUUCUUCGCAACGAUGGAUAAAUUCCUGUUUUUAUGAUCUUCAGACUUGACCAUCAGCACUCAAUAUCAUAGCCAUCAUUGACACCAUAAGGAAAUUUCAAUGGAAUUAGUUUGCUCAACUUGUUGGAAACAGUAGUUCAGUCUUCCUUAUAACACAUCCCUGCCAUCCUAGAAAAAGGGACAGAACACAUGGGAUAUUGUAGUGUAAGAUACAAUAUGUGAAAUUAAGAUAAGCACCAGAGCUGUUUUAGCAGCAUUAUAGUUUCCUGGGUAAAUCAAAACGCUACAGUAUUUAACUGCAAGCCACAGAAUAUAUGGAUC